AGAAGACUCGACCCAAAGAGUCAACGGCCAAGGGCCUUGGAAGCAUUGGCAGGUCUUGGAGAUGGUCUCCGAGACCUCCGUUUAGGUUUGUUUGGAUUGGCCAGUGCUGGAUUUCAGGGUCAAACCGCACUCUCCACCGGCUAUACCAACCCACUUACGGGGGUCCACUCGGGCUUUCGUGGAUCCAGCCAGAGCGUCUCUCCAAGCCAUUUCGGACCUCCUUACCGCCAGAAUCCAGGCAGAUGCAGUCGUCCAGGACAUGCGGAGCAAAAUGUUCAGAUGCUCGCAAGCACCUCAUCGCGUUACAAGUUCUGGUCUCUCCGUACUGCCAAUCAUCAUCGUUCAAUCAAUACUCCCUGGUCCAUCCUUGCCGUUCUGAAAGGAGCUCCACCUAACGCCACCGGCCGAUCAGGGCCUGUGGAGACGGUCAUUCAGCACACGGAUUCGCCAGGGAUUAUCAGUCCAGGGAUUUCAGGGAUUCAGGGACUUGAAUCGAUGUGGGUGGCGGGUGUGUGUGGAUGGAGUAUAAGCUGGCUGGACUGUCCUCCUCCUCCUCCCCCCUCCCUUCCUUCCCAUCCCUACGUUCCUCAACCAGCCUUCUUUCCUCACACUCGCUCUCUCUUUUUUACUUAGACCUUCGCUUUCAAUCUUUUUGUUCCUGUCCCUCUUUUAGACACUCGUUUGCAGCUUUUAUCAACCAUCAUCAACAAUUCCAAUUAUCAUUCAACCACCUCAACCGAUAAAUUCCUUCCCGGUUUCCAUAUUGCUGCCCUUUGAUCACGACCAUCACAAUGAAGGCGACCGUCGCUUCUUUGGCUGCUGCCCUCACCCUCGGAGCUCAGUCCGUCCUGGCUGCUCCUUCAUCCACCACAACUGCCGCUAAGCGUGCGACCAGCGGCAGCGUCACUCCCAUCACCGUCAAGGGCAAUGCCUUCUUCCAGGGCGAUAGCCGUUUCUACAUCCGUGGUGUCGACUACCAGCCCGGUGGCUCUUCCAAGCUGGCCGACCCCAUUGGCAAUGCCGAGACCUGCAAGCGUGAUAUUGAGAAGUUCAAGGACCUCGGUCUCAACACCAUCCGUGUCUACUCUGUGGACAACUCCGCCGACCAUGAUGAGUGCAUGAACGCCCUCGCCGAGGCCGGCAUCUACCUGGUCCUGGACGUCAACACCCCCAAGUACUCUCUCAACCGGGCUGACCCCGCUCCCUCCUACAACGAUGUCUACCUUCAGUACAUCUUCGCGACUGUCGACAAGUUCGCUCGCUACGACAACACCCUGGCCUUCUUCUCUGGAAACGAGGUUAUUAACGAUGGCCCGUCUUCCAAGGCGGCCCCCUACGUCAAGGCCGUCACUCGUGAUAUCCGCUCUUACCUCAGCGAGCAGAAGCUUCGCCAGGUUCCCGUUGGUUACUCUGCUGCUGACAUUAACACCAACCGUCUCGAGAUGGCCGAGUACAUGAACUGUGGUACCGACGACGAGCGUUCCGACUUCUUCGCCUUUAACGACUACUCCUGGUGCGAUCCCUCCUCCUUUACUACAUCUGGCUGGGACCAGAAGGUGAAGAAUUUCACUGGUUAUGGUCUUCCUCUGUUCCUCUCCGAGUACGGCUGCAACACCAACACCCGCAAGUUCGAGGAAGUCAGUGCUCUUUACGAUACUAAGAUGACUGGCGUCUACUCGGGUGGAUUAGUGUACGAAUUUUCAAACGAAGACUCCAAUUACGGCCUGGUUGAGAUCAGCGGCAACGAUGUCAGCACUUUGAAGGAUUAUGAUGCCCUGAAAACCGCCUUUGAGAAGACCUCCAACCCCAAGGGUGACGGUAACUACAACAAGACCGGUGGCGCCAACCCUUGCCCGGUUAAGAAUGCCCCUAACUGGGAUGUUGAUGCCAGUGAUUCGCUACCUGCUAUUCCUGAACCUGCAAAGAAAUAUCUGAAGAACGGUGCUGGUAAGGGUGAAGGCUUCGACGGCAAGGGUUCGCAGAACGCCGGUACCCAGUCCACCUCUACUGCCUCUUCCGGCUCCGGCUCCGGCGGCUCGAGCUCUUCUGGCACCUCGGGUGCUACUUCCUCCGGUGCCGCUGCUGGUCUGGUCAAGCCCUUCACCAUCAGCAUGGCUCCCAUCGCCGUCAGCCUGGUGACCAUCGUCUCCUCGCUGUUCGGUGCUUCCCUCAUCUUCCUGUAAAACUUGCUGGAUGGUGUUCUUUCAUUAACAAUAUUUCUUGUUUGUCAUUAUUACCUACCUCGUCAGAUUUGUUUUUCCCUGGCGUGGUUUUCUUCUUGAUACGCAAUGCUUCUUUUACGCUGUUGGGACUUGUAGCUAGACAAAGCUAGCUCGUCUGUGGUCUUUUUGUUCUGGGAUAUCCUAUGGUGUGGCUUCAAAGUGUACAGUAGGCCAUAAUUGAUGCUCUUGCCUUUAUUUGGGUCGCUCAUGGAAUAUGAUGCGUUUAAAAUUCCAAGCGAUCUCUUUGUAGGGCAUGCUGAGUGCAGUCUAUGCUAAAAGCUCUCAGCUCUGGACCACGCAUACUGUACUAGUUAUGUUCCAUGCCACCCAGACGGACCUGAAUGUCUCCUUUCCCAACGGAAAUGGAGCUCACCAUUUACCAAGCAACAUUGAC